AUGUCGAGAAAUUCUGCGAAAUCACCGGAUCAAAAACCAAAAACUGUUCAACCGCGAGUGGGAAGGUCAAAAGGGAGACAAAGCGGAUCGAAAUCGAAGGAACGUAUCCCGUCUAGUGAAGGUUCCGGCAUAUUCGGUCAUCUUCAAAACAUCUCGCGCAAUUGGUAUACAAAGAUUUUCUCGCAAGUUGAGUCAAAAGAGGUGAUUGCUGGGGAUAAACAAGGAGUGUUGAACUCGUCUACCGAAGAAGAAUUGCGCAAGAUUUUCCACACGCAUAAGGAGGUUUUCCCGGAGAGCUGGGUGUCAGCAGACAUGCCCGACACGCCGCAUGCCGACUACGAGCGAGUAACGCUUUCACAUGGAAUUCGUGUUAUUGAGGUGCCCACCGUUCGAAUGAAGCUCCAACCGCGUCUCUCUAGCGGCAUCAGCGAUCCUUGGCGCAAAUACGGACCCUAUUUGAAGCUUUGUGAGAUUGGCGGUACGGGAGUGCGGUUAAAUCGCGAAAAAGAGCUGCAAGUGUACACGAUCGAGAAGGGAGCCGCUCCACCACCACCACCGGCUAGAAAGCCAAUCAUGACAGCCGAUGAGGUGGAGACGCGUUUGGAGCAACGACAACUCAUCCAAGCACAACGGCAGCCACAACAACCUCAACAACAAGCACGACAAGCACCAGAAGAGAACAGUCAAAUUUGCUCGGAGAAUCGCAAAUCGAACAACGGAAGCCAGGACAAGUCCAGUGCCAAUUCCAGGAAGAAAAUCGUCCAGAGAACCGCAAAAUCAUCAAAAUCUGGGUGUGAUUCGCGCCGCACAAAACACCUCUUCAACGUGAAUUUU